AUGGCUUUAUGUGGAAAAGUGUUCACUGAACACGAGGGUGAAGCAUCUGCUGCUAAGUUUUAUAAUAUUUGUAGGAAGCAACUUCAACAUAUUCCUAACAUUUCUUCUGAAGUACAUGGAGUUAGAUUGCUUGAAGGUGAAUGGGAUAAAGUUGGUUCUGUCAUACACUGGGAAUACACAAUAGAUGAAGAAGAAGAAAGUGCGAAAGGAAGAAUUGAGGGUAUAGACGAUGACAAUAGGGUAAUCACAUUUAGUCUCUUUGAUGGAGAAGUGGGUGAGAAUUACAAGAGUUUUAAGGGAACAUUGCAAGUGAUGGAUGGGGAAUAUGGCGCGCUUGUGAGAUGGACUUUUGAGUAUGAGAAAGUAAAGGAGGACAUUACAGGUGCGGUUCCGGAAUUAUACUUGGAUCUUGUUGCAGAGAUUACAAAAGAUAUUGAUGCUCAUCUUGUCGAGGAAGAGCAACAAAUAUGA